AUGGAUGAAUUAUUCGAUCAAUUAGAAUUAGAGAUUUCUGAAUGCAAGACUUCUAUGUCGGAAUAUGAUAGAGAUUUAAAUAAGUGUUUAGGAAAAUAUGAAAUAAAAUCGAUCUAAGAAACAUAUCAAACUGUCAUUUAUUCGUAGUCAAAUUAAAAUUGUUAAAAUGCUCCCAGUUUUUCUUUUUCUCAGACCACUAGAUUUAAGGAAACCAAGAAGGAUAAUAUCAUAAAUGAACUGCCUUUAAAUGUUUCAAUAUCAAGCAUCAAACAAGCUUAACCAAGUAUGACAUUUACCAAGAGUCAAAGAUUCUAGGAGAGCAAGGUGAUUCCAACAACUCCAUUGGAACCUAACUAUGACUUUAUUAAGAGAAAAGCGAGUUCUGUAGUAAUUUCUGAAUCCAAGAUUAGAGAUGAUGAUGUUUCAACUCAGGCAUCAAUGAUAACAGUUGGACCAGGAAGCUAUGAUGUGGAAGUUAAGGAGAAGAAAUAAUAAAAUCGAACAUUUGCUAAAGAUGAAAGAUUUUUAAAAUUGAAAGCGAACAAUCAAGAAGCAAUUAAUCCAAAUUACAAUUCUAUUCGUCCCAAUAUCCCAAUUCCCAAGAUUAGUAAACCAAUAAAGAAAAACAAAUAUUAAAUUCAAAAAGAUGAAAUCAAUCGCAUGAAUGAACAACUGAGAUUAGAAGAAUAUAGAAGACGACCAUUAGAAUUAGACAAAGCAAUAAGAUAAAAUAUAGCAGGAGUUGUUAUUAAACAAGCAUAUAAUGAUUUUAAUUCACAUCCAAAAGGAUCAAAGAUGAGAAGAUUUUUAAUUAGAAAGUUAUUGGAUGAUAUUCAAGCUAUAACAGUUGGGCCAGGCUAAUACGAGAUUCACGAGGAAAAACAGCCUUGUAUGGUUGUAUUCAAAAGCCAUUCUACCGAAAGAAGAAUCCCUCCUGAUAGACCCGUACCAGGGCCUGAUUAUUAUUAUUCAAAAGAUGAUUAUAUUAAGCCCAACCCCAUUCAGGUGAAAUUUGGAAAGGAAGAGAGAAUCAAGAAAAUAAAGAAGGAAGAUUUAGAUAUGAGGCCCGAUCUAGAAGUGAAUGUAGAUCCUGUAAAACCAAAGGCUCCUGAUGCUGUCAGAUGGGAUAUUGAACCUACUAAGCCAAGAUUGACAUUGGAAAUUGGGGACAAGGUAGCUCCAGGAUAUUAUGAUCCAUCUCAUGUCCAAGUGGAUCCAGCAGUUAAAGGAGUGAAGAUAGCUCCUUUGAAUGAAAAGAAUGAUAGAAUAAAUGCGAUAGAUCCUACUAAGGGGAAAGACUUCAACGAUUAUGAGGAGCAACUCUAUCCCACUUUAGAUGGAGUCAAACCAUAGAUAUAAACUUUUAAGUAUCAUGAAAAUACAGAUGUUAAACCAAUGCAUCCUCCAGAUAAAGAAUUGUUUCCUGAAUAACACAAGUUUUAUGAUGUGAAUAUGGAUGCUGUCAGAGAACAAUUAGUUUAGGAUAUUCAAUUGGCUGGUAAGAAAGGCAGAGGUUUAAAAGAAUGGCUUAAUUAUUUCGAUGAUAUGACUAUGUUUAAAAAGUACAUGUAGAGAAGAAAUAAAUAGCCAGAAAUUGGUGAAUAUGAAGUCUAAUUCAAUCAGAUUGAUAAGGAUCCAAAGACUGUUAAUUUCAAUAGGUAUGUAGAAAUUGAUCAUGAACCCAUCUAAAAGCCAGAUGGACCUCUAGAGGGAGAUAAUUUGAUUUUGAAUCCUGACAAACCUAAACCACAUAUUCCUACCUUGGAUUUUGAAAAAUAAUCAGAUCCAAGACCAGAACCUGAGGUCAAAGAAGUUGAAUUAUUAUUGAAUGUUGAUUAUGCUCCAGUCAAACCUAGGGUUAAAAAUAUUCCUAAUUUUGAAAAACAAUUAGAACGUCCAGAAGGACCUUAGAUUAAGGAAUAAGAAGCUAUUAUUGAACCUAAAUUCGAUCAAGUUGAAAAAAGGGUGAUUGGAAAUGUCAACUUUGAAAAACAACCUGAUAGGGCAGAUGAUCCUAGAUAUUAACCUAAAGUUGACAACAAUGUCUUGCAAAUUGAAGUGAAACCACCUAGAAAUGAGAGAACAGCUGUCUAAAUGAACUCAAAAACAAAACGAUUUGGCUAAAAGCAAGGUGAAAAUGAUUAAGAAUAACAAUAAGAUGUACCUGCUGCCAUCAAUAUAUCCAAAAUAGAAAAGGCUGAAAAAGCUAUUAGACCUAAUAUACCUGGAGUGAAUCUGUAAAAAUAAAGUGGUAGAAAGGAUUUUAUUAUCAAAUAAAAAAAAUGA